ACCCUAUUUGCCUAAUUUCAGCCAUAUUUUCCCAAUUUUCUCUCUCUCUCUCUCUCUCUCUCUAUCGAUAUCUCCCCAAUCUUCUGCGGUUUCUGCGAUUUCUCUUCCAUUCCACCAUUGUUCUUCGAUUUCUCUUCAACUCCACCUGUGGUUGACGGUGGCAAACGGCGGAAUGCCAAUUUUUGGCUAACGGCAGAAAUUUCAAGCCUAUUCUUCGACUCUUGAAGGCUAAAUCUGCUCCAAUUUCUCUUCCACUCCUCUUUUCGUAAUUUAAGAUCUACACCUGCUCCUGAUGAUACACAGACACAGACUUUUGAAGAGAUUGUAUCAUAUGAUGAUCUUCAUAGACUGAUUAUCAUUCCUACUACUGGGUUUGUUCCCUCCAAUGAAUCUACGAAGGUGGUUGUGGAUUGUGUUAAAGCAUUUUACCGAGAUGCUUGGAGUUAAUGGUCAGAUAUACCGUAUAUUUACAGAGAUUAGAUGUGGAAUCAAUUUAGGACAAGGUGUGCAUGGCAUCCCAAAUAUCAUCAGCAAAUAAGUCAUAAUUUCAAGAAAAAAGGUGUUGAUAGGCUUAAAAAUCUCUUCUAUAAAGCUCGGCUUGAUGGCAAGAUGCCCGGUUGGAUACUAAAAGACAUAUGGGAUAAACUUAAUGUGAUAUGGGCUUAUGAAGAAUUUAAGAAGAGGAGCAACGCCAGAAAGGCUGCCCGAGCCUCCAAUAUGGGUGGCUCAUUGCACACAGGGGGUUCAGUUAGUAUGGAGACCCAUCGAAGGAGAAUGGAAAAGGAAAAAGGGAGACUUGUGACUUAUGCUGAGGUCUUUGAGGACAAACAUAUGAAAAAGAAAAAGGAUGGUACGAAAGAAUGGGUUGAGCCACGUGCUGCUAGGACAUAUGAAGCCUAUUAAAACCGUUUGGAGGAAUGGCGUUAAAGUCAACUCGAUUCCGAGGAUGGUAGCUCAACACAAGUGUCACUCAAUGAUGUAGCUUCAAUAUGGACGCAAGUGGUUUGUGGCGCAAAGAAAGGUAGAACCUACGGUCUUGGAUCACAACAUUCCGUAGGUCGUUCUACAAUAUUGUUGUCUGGUGAUACGAGUUCUUCGCAGAAUCACGAAGAGGUGGAAGCAUUACGAAAAGAAGUUGCAGAGUUGAAGGAGGAACGUAAAGAAGAUCGCGCAAAUUUUAACAAAUUGCAGAGUCUAGUGGAGAAAUUUAUUAGUGGACGUCCAUUUGAUCCUUUGAAUGGCGAGGAUGGCGGGGAUAAUGAGCUUUAGUUUAAUUUGUUGUGGUAGUAAUGUUUGAAACAUUAUUAUUUGUUAUGGUUGGAUGUUUAGACUUGGUAAUGUUUACACUUGACUAUGAUUGUAAUACUUAAGACUAGAUUGAAUGGUGCUUGAAUGUUUAACUCUUUUUGGAUGUUUUAGUUACAAAUAUUUAUGUUUUCUAUA